CCCUGUGGACCCUGUGGUUUCCCCAGCUUUCACCUUAUCUGUGGAUUGAAAACAGACCCAAGCAGGCAGCUCAAAGCUCAGGGGGAGUGUUUGCAUCCUCAGAGCCUGCUGCUCUCCCCAUGGGGCCUGGGGGAGCCUUGCAGUGGAGGCCAGGGAUGGUCCUACACAGAGGGACAUGGUGGGAGCCUGACUCUGAGCAGGCUGGGGGAACACGGUGCUCAUGGUGUGUGUCAGGGAUGGGCAGGGUUCAGGGGAUAGCAGCAGAUGGGGAGCAGGCAGGGCCUCAGCUGAUAUCCCACAGGUACCCUAAGUCUCCCGUGGUCUUAACUGAGGCCUGACGUGUCCCUGUGCCUUGCUUUCUGUCUCUGUGAAAGCUGAAAGGAGACUUUCAGACUCUGCCAGGUCAAGGGCUUUAUCCAGGAGGAAGCUGAUGAGGUCCCUCACAAAUCACCGUGCUGUACAGCAUGUAAAAAUAACUCUUUUCUGCCUGAGAAGCCAGACAGAGGGUAGGAAGGGAUGGCGGCCCACCACAGGGAAGGGGGAGGUAGGGAUCUGGGGGCAGAACCACCAGCGCCCUUCGUUCUGUUGCCCAACAAUGGGGUGAGCGCUACCCCAGGCAACCCCUUCCUCGACAGCCCUGCUUUAUCCUUAACGAGCCGCAAGAGCCAUGUAAUUCCCCUCCUGCUGACACCACCACCCCAGGGAUUACCUCUGGCUCAGUGAGUGUUAGCAGUCUGGGGCAGGGAGACUCUGCCCAGCUGGUCCCAUGCUCUCAGAGGGGGAAGUAGAAGGCUUCAGGCGGGAGCAGGCUCCUACCUUUGUGCAGCCACAUCCCUCUGCCUUCAGUCCUCCCUCCUGCCCGGCACGGAGCUCCUGCGACCGCAGGCUGGAGCCAGAGAGAAGAAUGCUGGAGAAGAUUCAGAAGAUGCUCAUGGUUCGUAGCCCGACCGUCAGGGAGCUGCUGGCAGAAGCACUGGGGAUGUACAUCCUGAUGGUCUUGGGCUUGUCUUCUGUGGCACAAGUGGUAUUAGGAAAAGGAGAAUUUGGGCAGUAUCUGAGCAUCAACUUGGCCUUUGGCAUCGGAGUCACCAUGGGGAUCCAUGCAGCUGGAGGAAUCUCUGGAGCUCAUCUGAAUGCUGCCAUCACCAUCACACACUGCAUUUUAGGAAACCUCCCCUGGAAAAAGCUUCCAGCUUAUCUGCUCGGCCAGUUCCUGGGAUCCUUUCUGGCAGCAGCCACCGUCUUUGGCACCUACUAUGAUAUGCUGUACGACUACACCAAGGGGAACUUCACGGUGACAGGACCAACUGCCACAGCAUCAAUCUUCGCCACUUACCCUCAUACCUGUACGUCCUUGCUGGAAGGCUUCUUUGCAGAGUUUAUGGCGACGAUGAUGUUGCUCUUGGGCAUUCUGGUCAUCCACGAUGAGAAAAACAACGGAGCCCUGAAAGGCACACAGGCCCUGCUCACCGGUAUCCUGGUCCUGGGCAUCGGUCUGGGGAUGGGAAUGAACACAGGCUACGCCAUAAACCCCUCCCGGGACCUGCCCCCAAGGAUCUUCACAGCAAUUGCUGGCUGGGGAGUGGAGGUCUUCACGGCUGGAAAUUACUGGUGGUGGAUCCCAGUCACAGCUCCAACACUGGGAAGCCUUGCUGGUAGUUUAGUCUACAAACUAUUCAUUGAUUUUCACAAUCAAUCUGUCCCGGAAAGCGGAAAUGAGAAAGGACAGCCAGCUAUAGAGACUUCUACACUGUGAUGGCCACGUGCUCCCU